GGCGCAAACCACAACCUCAGUAUAUCAAAACCUCCAAAAAUCCCAAAGUCCACAACAUACCGUCAAAAUGGCGACAGAUACCCUCUCUAUCGUCGUAGAAUUCACUGGCGGUCUCGAGAUGUUAUUUUCCGAUCAACGAUCCCACAAACUCUCAGUCCCCAAAACAGAUUCCAAGGGCGCUCCUGUUACAGUCGGCUGGUUGGUAAAUUAUCUGUGCGACGAAAUCAUGCAAGAUAGCAGAAAAGACAUGUUUGUUCUGGAUGAUCACGUGCGUCCAGGCAUCCUGGUCCUCAUUAACGACGCGGACUGGGAAUUAGAGGGUGAAGCUUCAUACGAAUUGCAAUCUAAUGAUAACAUAUUAUUCGUGUCGACGCUCCACGGGGGCUGAAUCUGAUGGAUACCGGAUAGUGGGGUCGCGGUGAGGUUGCAGCUGAGUUUAUUUACAAGCUACAUACAAUAUAUCAUUUGUUUAGAUGGUCUGGGAAAUUUAUUGGAUACUCGAAGGACCCCCUUAUUUCACUAAGGCGAGAUACUUGAGUCAGGAAUUUUCUUUAUCCUGGUUAUAUGAUAGGAUAUGAUUAUGAGGAGCGACCGAUGUAUCAUAUAUCAGACAGCUGAUGAUCCGAGAUUCCGAUGACGAGAGAUUUCGCCUUGUCUCGGCUCAGCGAAGUUUGAUCAUCGGGCCGUCAUACAAUCAUUACACAUUCAUUCUAAAUACAUUCCAAGAUAAUUCUAAUGCAAAUGAUGCCGUCCAUUUCCA